AUGGUGCAUAUUGUUGGUGUUUUUGGAGAAUGGAUGAUGAAUAAAGAGUCAUGGAAUUUCAAUGUGAAUAACAAGAAAGGAGGUAAAUUGUUCACCAUUCGGGAUAAUUUAAAGUUUGAUGAAAUGGUCGAGAUGGUUGUUGAAGAUUUUGGUAUAGAUAGAUUGAGCCAUGAGGAACAACUUAGCUAUGUGUUGCCUGAAACAAUGUUGGAAAACAUGCCAAAAGAUACUCCUCCUAUCUUUGUCAAUAAUGAUAGGCAAUUGGAGACUUUGUGGGAAAUAUGCAGAUCUGUGUCAAUUCGUCUUUGCAUCUCAGUGAAGAAUUCAUAUACUGAGUCUCAAGAUUAUUCUUUUGAAAUUCCUAUGGUUUCUAGAAAAGGCGCUGCAAAGAAGACUUGA